AUGGGCGUCGCAUCGACCGUCACGCAGGAGCACGUGGACACCGUGAAGCAGUACGUGGCGCUGCGCCUGGAGAAGCGCACGAAGGAGACGCUGCAACUCGUUAGCGACGACAUCCAGUUCUACAGCCAGCGCGACGGCAGCUACCGGGGCAAGGAAGAGUUCCGCGUGUACCUGGAGAAAACCAAGGUCGAGGGCACCUGGCAGCCGCCAGCGAUCGAGGACGGCGACGACGAGCACGUGGUCGUGCGUGGCGUGGUCAAGAUCUUCUUCGUCCCGGUCUCGGUCAAGUCGACGUUCGCCUUCGACGACGCUGGCCGCAUCUCCAGCAUCCACACCAGCAAGGCCUAA